AUGGGCGGGCUGGCGGCCGCUGCGCACCCCGCCUCGGCCCGCCCCCGCCGGCGGGUGUCGUCCCCCGGCGGGGCAGGGGCAGGGGGCGCGGCCGGCGAGCGGGCCCGGCAGCCGGUGGCCGUCCCGGUGUCGCGGCGGGGCGGGCGAAGGGGGCGGGAAAGUGGCGGCCGGCGGAGCGGGGAGAAGGGGAGCAGGGGACGUCCAAGCUGGCGUCCCCUCUGGGCCGCUGCUCCCCUGUCCUCCCUGCGUCUUCCUCGCCCUCCUGCGCAGGCUGCUCCCCGCGCCUGGGGGGGUGUGGGGGUGUCCCCGCAGCUGCCGCUGCCCCGCUGGGCUGGGCACAGGCGGUGCGUGCGCCCGGGGACGCCCGGGGACAGCAACUUCAACGGGGCGGGGAAGGGCAAAGCCCUGCCCCAGGGGAGGAACAGCCCCGGCUCCGGCAGAAGCUGGGGGCCAGCCGGCUGGAAAGCAGCUCGGCAGGGAAGGAGCUGGAGGUCCUGGUGGGCACCAGGUUGGACGUGUGCCCUUGCCGCAAAGAAGCUAUAUGUGGACCUAGAGAACCUUCAUUCUGUCAAGGGAAAAAAGGACAGAAAGGACCUCUGUAAUAGAGAUCUCCCCCAAAUACUUGCCCCAAAUACUUGCAUCAGUGACAGCAAGGGGAAUGGGAACCCAACACCGAGAGUCUGCAAUCCCUGGCAGCAACCAGAAAAGGUGACACAGGCAGUCAAAUUGAGUUUCUAUAAUGGAAGGAAGCAGAACUAAAGAUAAACCCAGACACAAAUUCAAGGAAGAAGAUGGGAAGCUCAGAGGAAAAAUCUGCAAUAAGGAGAUGAUAAAUAUUUAUUUACCUAACUGUAAUAAUU